UUUUAUUUUGGUGUUGUGCGGCGGUGUGUAUGGUACGAUUCUAGUAACAUUGGUUUAGGCUACGGAAUCACGCGUCGCCGUCUGCGCCACUCUGUCCGCGUCGCCUGAUUGUCGCGGAAAGACGCUUCUACGUUCGCUUGAAAAUCUCGAAACGCUGAAGCGAGCGCCAUGAGAUGCGUUGCCGUUGGCUGCCGUACAGGAAGAAGUAGUGGUAUACGCAUCCAUUCAUUCCCGCGGGAUCCCAAGCGUAGGUUGGAAUGGGCCGUCAAAGUGAACAUUGCAGAGAAUGGCAAACUUUGGGUGCCACCCAAGGACUCCUCCUAUGGUGUCUGCGAGGCUCACUUCGAUGAGGACCAGUAUGAGCCGAGACGUACGGACCGCAAACUAAAGCCAUUUGCUGUGCCUACGCUGUUCAGCCACCGCAAGGCUCCGAAGCGGCGCCGGAAGCUUGUACGAUGUCAACCCACGAGUACAAGUGUUCCCACUACUGCUGCGGAGGCGAUUACUGUCGUCUCAACAGCCACAGGCAUAACAAAUGCUACAGCUUCUGUUGUGGCACCUAAGGUUGCAUCAACAGUGGCAAAGAAUCAGACUUCCUUUCUGCGACCAGUUCUGCCUGCAGUUACGUGCGCUCACAACACCAGCCCUAUCAUUCUGGUGCCUGUGAGCAAACCGAACAUGCUUCCUGUGCCCAACCCAAUGUUUAGCUCAAGUAGCCAGAUGCCAGUCAUCUUGUCAGUUGAAUCGCUUGCUCCUAAUGCUUCAUCUCCAGUCGGCCGGACAUCGGGCUUGCCACCACUCAUGGCUAAGAAUACAACUUAUGAAAAGCUACAAGAAGAGGCAACGUCAUUACGGCAGCAGACCGAUGAUUUGCGGCGCGAGGUGACCGAACUGUCUCGCCAAGCAGUGCGUGUCAAAGCAUCGCUGGCGCGCCAAUCAGAGCGGCUGAGCCGCUUUCUUCGGAUGGACCAAGUUGAGUACCUGACGAAGCUUGCUGGUGACAAGCCCACUCAGUGGACUGAGCCGACAUUGCACUUCGCCCUUGAUAUCUAUCGUUGCUCGCCCGAGGCGUAUCGCAAGUUACUAGUGGCCCACUAUCCAUUACCACUGGAGACAGCUUUGAGGGCAUUCUGCAUUGAGAAGGGAGUGCGUGAAGGUGUGCCUGCCGAAUUAUUGCAAAUGGACAUGCAUCUUGAAGAAAAUCAGGAGGAUGAAGAGGAAAAUGAUAAUGUGAACAUUGUGUGGCUGUAAAAUAACCAUAGUGUUACGAGGAGGGAGGCCCCCAGCGGUCCUUCUGGGAAACAAAACGAAACGAAACGUGGAUGAGGAAGCCUCCGACGUUAGAUGCGCGGGCCUUUUAUAGGUGCCGAGACGCUGAAGGAGGAGGGGGCAGCCCUGCUGUUCGACGCGCACAACGUCUCUCACGGACGCCCAGUGUCUGUGGCGGAUGCACGCAGUGUUCGUGAUGAACGCACUCAUUGUCUCUGCAAGGGACGAAAGCACUGCACGACGUGAAACGCGUCCUACACCCUGCUGCUGGCCAGUCGUGAGGCAUCUUUCAGGUAGUCUGGCUUCAGGUACAGCCUCUGGGAGCCUUACAGCUGUCGGGCCACAGCACGCUCGUAAUAACCAUAGACUGUCAUCACUGGCUAGCUGCCGCAGGGAGGUGAAUUCUCUUAUAGUUUAUCAUGGAGAGUUAUCCAUAGAGAAGAAAAGGUGGCAUAGAGUUGUGUUACUGUGCCCCGUCUCAUUUCAUAUUUUUAAAAAUCUAGGGGGGAUGAAGAAAGGUUAAUUUAUUGAAUAUUGAUAUAGAUAUGUAUGAAGGCCCAUUCUGCAGCAUUGUGUUAAAUGGCUAGAUCAGGCACCUUAAAGAUUUUUAACCUUGUGAAUGGAACUAAAAACAUUUUAAUUGAGAAUACCUGUGCAUUUAUAGAUUAAAGUCACAUGGUAGGGUAUACAGUGAGAUGGUGUUAGUAAUCAGUCUUUUGGUUGUUCUUGUGGUAUAUAGUUGUACUAUUUGUUGUGUUUGUUGUCAUUUAUGAGCAGAAGUAUUUCUGAAAAGAAAGUUUGCCUUGCUUGAAAUGCAGGCUUUUUUUUUAAUUUGAGUAACUCCCGAGUCUGUCUGAAUCAAAUAGCAUUUAGAAGAUUUCAAAGCUGUCGUUGCGUUUCCUUAUCUUAAUUUAACUUCCAAAGAGCAUGGACACCUCUCACUGUGUGUGUGUGUUUGAAAGACAGAGAAAGUAGUGCAGUGUGACAGAGAAGACAAGCACAGUUCUGGGCAGUGCUUACUGAUUAUUUUACAGUGUAUUCACACGUGCUUUCUUCAUUCUCCAAGUUUUAUGCAAAUUAAAUUUGUCAAAUAUUCCUGUAGCCUGGUGCCAUUUGUAAUGUGACAAAUUUGUUCACUUUGGAUACGUGCCAACAUUAAGCUCAAAGAACGAGACCAGGGGCAGACAAAGCAUAUAAUUAUGACAUUUCAUCUCAUGGCUGUUUAAGUGUCCAUUCAUUUCACUUGUGGGCCCGUUUUUUUUGUUCAUCAAACUAUGUUAUAUUUUAAUGCAGGGGUCAGCAACCUUUUGAAGUGAGCGUGGCAGGGGCCGAACGGCUCUAGGGAAGGCCAUUGCAAACAAGGAGAAAGAAUUUGGCGAAUUGACAACUUUGUUUGAAACUAGAGCAAGAAUCUUGUUUAAUUUUAAGCUGAAAUUGAAAUCAUGUUUGUUAAAUACUGAAAGAGCUUCUUCACUGCUGAGAUCAGAAGUGACAAUCAAGAGUGGAACAUUACAGUGGAGAUACAUAUGAAGAGACGAGUGGAGGAGGAGGGUUCUGAUGUCGCACUGGGGACCGCGUCUUUGUGCCCUAUAAGCUGCAACUUGCUGACCCCUGUGGUAAUGUAAUUAAAGGGCCACCUGAUACAGGUAACAGCAUUGUAAAUAUCACGAAUUGGAAGCCAAGUAAGCAGACAAGUUUCUCUACACAAAAUGUGUGCCACACAAGUGUUUAAGAAAUUCAGCAACCACAAAAAAGAAAAUUUACCAACAAUAGUGACCAGAGAAUUUCCAUGGCUUCGCCUUACAUAUUUUCAUUUUAAGGCCCUUCUUUUUUCUUUCUUCCAAUUUUCAUCAUUGGCUUGGACAUUACCAUCAGCGACCACUCACUACAAUAAUGACAACAAAGGAAAAGUGCAGCGAAAUUUCAUUUGAAAUAAUUUGAGGGACCUUCUAAAUUGACGAAAAGCCUUCUAAAUUGAGACUUCGCUGGACUGAAACAGCUAUGUUCUUGUUUGUUCUCACUAGCUACAGGAAACAUCAGGUGUUCAAAUGAAAUUUCAAUCCAU